AUGAGCGGUGUUUCAGCGGGUGAAGCAAGUCACCAAUAUCAGUUCGGUGAAGAAGUGACUCUGUGGUACGACUAUAUAGGACCAUACAGAAACCCAAGUGAAUCCUACUCAUUCGAAAGUCUGCCUUGGUGUAGUAUCGGCGGUUACUCAACCAAGUCAUUGACAUUACUAGAUUCAUUGCUAUUCGGUCAUAAACUUAUAGAUAGUGGAUUACCUAUUCUCUUUGGAAAGAGUGUUUCAACACAGAAUAUAUGUAAUACAACACUCUUGACAUUGAACCAAAAGAAUAGAUUCAUCAAUGCAAUUAGACACGACUAUAUCAAUAGGAUGUAUAUAGAUGGUUUAUCUAUCUUCUCGAAAAUAGGUGAAUUCACAAAAGUAAACGAUGAUAAAGCAGCAGCAGCAGCAGUAGUAGUAGUAGAGCCGAACGACAACGCCAAAGAUGAUAAUCCAACUUUAGAAUAUUAUUUAUUUACACAUAAGAAAUUGGUUAUUUCACAUAAUAAUGAUAAAAUUGUUGGUGUAACAUUGAUACCACAGAAACCAGUGACCUUACAUGUUGGACAGAAUCUUACAUUCAGCUACUCAGUACAGUGGUAUUCAACAGUGGAGUCAUUCGAUGAUCGUAAUAGAAUCUACGAGUUGGAUCCAUCGUCAGAGACCAAAUUGAUAUCGUUAAUCAACUCUUUUAUUGUAUUGACCGUAUUGACAUUCCCAUUGAUUUCGAUAUUUAUGAAAACUCUAAGGAAUAAUAAUAAUAAUGGUACAAACAACAAUAACAAUAAUAAUAAUAGUAAUAAUAGCAAUGGCAGUAGUGGUAGUGGUAAUAGAGGUAUUAGCAAUAAAAUUGGAUAUCAAUCUAAAACAUCAUCAAAUAACAAUAUAAAGAAAGAUAGAGAUAGUGAAUAUGAAGAUAGUACAACUACUGAUGAAUAUUUCGAUAAUAGUGACAAUAGUAGCAACAACAACAACAACAGCAACAAUAACAAUCAAGAUUAUAUAACAAAAGCAACCUCUACAUCUUCAUUAACAUCUUUAUCUUCCCAAGAUGAUUUAGAUAUAGAUGAUAUUGAUAUUAAACAACAACAACAACAACAUAGUAAUAGUAAUAGUAAUAAUGAUAUUACUUUAAAUAUAGAUAGUUAUAAUAAUAGGGAUGAAAAUUAUAAUAUUAAUAGUUGUAAAGAAGAAAAAUUUAAAUUAAAAGAGACAAUAGGUGAAUUGUGUACAGAUAUAUUUGGUAGAGAUUCAUCGAAUUGGAAGUUAAUACAAUCCGACGUAAAUAGAGCGCCACAUAGAAUGCUUUUAUUUAGUUCGAUGGUCGGUGUUGGAUUCCAUUUGUUUUGCAUGUUUGCCAUCUUGUAUCUGGGUGUGCUAUUGGGUCUGCGAAGUGGAGAUCGUGGAAGUGGUCUUGGUCAUCACAAUAUAUUCAAUGUACUGUUCAUUCUGUUCCCUGUUACUUCGGGGCUGGGCGCAUCUCUCGAUUGCAAGGCCGAUUGCACCGUCGGCAGUAAAGAGCCGACUCCUCUUGAUUCCAUUUACAGGUAUACUUCCGUAUGUCGUUGUUCACCUGUAUACCGAGCAGAUCCUGUCGUCGCUCUUCAACUACAAACACUUCAACCUAUUCACUCCGUUCACGCUCAUUGA